CAUCGCUUCGCUUCCCGGUGUUGCUGUCCGACUUUCCUGAUUCGUUGCCUUCUUGAUCGCAGACCCAGCUUGCCCGCUGCUUGGAACAUUGUUCUGCGUCAAAGCACAGAUAAGCGUGACGUGAGGGCUCCAUUCAACUCGACAUUUUUAAUAUUAGGAGAUCUCAACAGUGCUAAAUUCCUGCCCGGUGGUAAUCUACACUGAGAUCAUUCUUCCCUUCGAUCAAGAUAUCCCUUCCAGCAAAGAGAAGCGGCGAGCCUUCAGCGGACUUCCACCGCUACAUUGCAAACAUCUCCGCACCUACCGCUCCUUUCAGCUCAACCAGAUACACAAGCCAGAAAAAGAGUAGACGUAGCAGACAAAAUGGGUGACGCUCUGGAUCAUCUUGCCAAUCGCACCAAGUUGGAAUGGCAGUGUAAUCUCAACAUCAACUAUGAGCCAAAGAAGAACCACCGCAGGACCAGCAUCAUCUGCACCAUCGGCCCCAAAACCAACUCUGCUGAGAAGAUUACUAUGCUGAGAAAGGCUGGUCUUAAUGUGGUCCGGAUGAACUUCUCGCACGGCUCAUAUGAGUACCAUCAAUCUGUCAUUGACAACACCAGACAAUCGGCCAAAGACUAUGCCGGUCGUCCCGUUGCAAUUGCCCUCGACACGAAAGGACCUGAGAUCCGAACGGGAAACACAGUCGGAGACAAAGACAUCCCAAUCAAGGCGGGCCUUGAAUUGAACAUCACCACUGACGACCAAUAUGCCACUGCCUGCGACGACAAGAAUCUCUACGUUGACUACAAGAAUAUUACCCAGGUGAUCGACACUGGCAAGCUAAUCUACGUGGAUGACGGAAUCCAGUCGUUCGAAGUCAUCAAGGUCGUCGACGACAAGACUCUGCGAGUGCGAGCACUCAACAAUGGGCAGAUCUCUUCCAGAAAAGGCGUCAACCUCCCGGGCACUGACGUUGACCUCCCAGCACUGUCCCAGAAAGACAUAGCAGACUUGCAAUUCGGUGUCAAGAACAAGGUCGACAUGAUCUUUGCUUCGUUCAUUCGUCGAGGCGAUGACAUUAAGCACAUCCGAAAGGUCCUUGGUGAAGAAGGCCGGGAGAUUCAGAUCAUUGCAAAGAUCGAGAACCAGCAGGGUAUGAACAAUUUCGACGAGAUUCUUGAGGAGACCGACGGAGUCAUGGUCGCACGUGGAGAUCUGGGCAUCGAAAUCCCAGCUGCGAAAGUCUUCAUCGCCCAGAAGAUGAUGAUCGCCAAGUGCAACAUGAAGGGCAAGCCUGUCAUUUGUGCAACGCAAAUGUUGGAAUCCAUGACCAACAACCCAAGACCAACUCGUGCUGAGGUUUCUGAUGUUGCCAAUGCCGUCCUUGACGGAGCUGACUGUGUUAUGCUGUCUGGUGAGACUGCCAAAGGCAGCUAUCCCAAGGAGGCUGUCACCAUGAUGCACGAGACUUGCUUGUUGGCGGAGGUUGCCAUCCCUUAUGCCAAUGUGUUUGAUGAGUUGAGGACCACGUGUCCCCGCCCUAUUGAGACAACGGAGUCUAUUGCUAUUUCUGCUGUUGGUGCCAGCAUGGAACUGAACGCAGGAGCUAUUCUUGUUCUCACUACCAGUGGAUCUUCGGCCCGACUCCUGUCCAAGUUCCGACCAGUUUGCCCCAUCAUCAUGGUUACACGGAACGCUACUGCUUCUCGCUACGCUCAUCUGUAUCGUGGAGUGUACCCCUUCCUGUUCCCAGAACCAAAGCCCGACUUCCGUGGUACCGACUGGCAACAGGACGUCGACAAGAGAUUGAAAUGGGGUAUCUCCAAAGCAAUCAAGCUGGGUGUUUUGAGCAAGGGCGACAGUGUUGUUUGUGUUCAAGGAUGGCGAGGUGGCCAAGGCCAUACCAACACCAUCCGUAUUGUACCGGCUGAGGAAGACUUGGGUCUCGUGGAUUGACUCACCGCCGGCGAGUUCUUCAACACUCCCACGAAAUCGAAAAAGUUCUUUGGGUCGUCGCCCACACCACCGCAAUCACCGCAAUCACCGCCACCUCCAGAGUCGCUCACACAGCGAAGAUGGAUUGACCGGGACUUGCACAGGCGCACUACAAGCAUGGGAUAGACAAUCAGCCGAUGAAGUGCUGUUAUGAUGAUGGAGUCGGUCCAAUUGUAUGGUGGAGUUGACCAGCGUUAUUCUUACACAGAUUAUUCCAAUCACUGUUCAUUGUGAAAUAGCGUAUUGAUAUUCAGAAAGCCCACAGCUGACAGAGAUGGCCGUUUAUCAAGUAAUCAGUGAGCCAAUGGAUUUAGGUAGUCCUUGCC